UUUCCGGCCGCCACAAGCGCCUCUUAUCCUCCAGGACCACCCCGCAAAACGAUGGCCGCGGCGACCUCCUCCAUCUUCUCCUCCACGCCCCCGCGCCGCCUCCCCUUCCCUCUAGCCCGCAAGCCCCUCGCCGGCCCCGGCCCCAAGGCCCUCACUCUAUCAUCACAGAAGCUCCUCCGUCUCCCGUGCCCACCCGCUUCGUCCGCCCCAUCCACGCCGCCGCCUCCGCCCGACCCCGAGGGGACUGAGAAGCCGGACCCCAUCAAGCUCGCGUUCGCCCGCGCCGCCGCCUAUAAGAAGGAGAGGGACAGCCCGGCGCCGCCCCCGCCGCCGCCGAAGCCGCCGACGGAGGCUUCGGUCGAGGGGUCGGGUAGCAAGGAGGCCUUCAAGCGGGCGCUGGAGUACAGGAACGGAAACGGGGAAGGAGAGGGUGUGGGUGGUGGUGGCUCCGCUCUUCCCGGGGGAUCGCCGGUUUUCGGUCGAAGCACCUUACUUGGUCAAGAUGGUGCAUUUGGCAAAGUUUCAAAUAAGAAGGGAGAGUAUGAGUAUGAUGAGACAGAUUUUUUGGGCCUUGACUUUUUUGAGAAAAAACGUUAUAAAGGUCCACCCCCUGGGCUGGCUCCAGCUAUUGACCCUUUAACAGAUGAAGAUUUUCCUGAGGUGGAGAUAAUAAUUGGAGACCCUAGCAAAUUUGAGAAGUCUCGUCGCUCAACAGAAAUUCAACCGGUAGUCGACAAUGAGCCAGAGAAAACUUCACGAUCAACAACCAGUGAACCAAAUGAAGAUGACAAGGUUGAGAAAGCACCUCCUUCAACUGUUGUUGAACAAGAAGAAGAUGAAAAUGCAGAAGUUUAUAAACCCACGGUUAGGUCGUGGGGAAUGUUUCCUAGGCCACAAAAUAUUUCAAAGGCGUAUGGUGGUGGAAGAAAUAUACGCCGUGGUGGAGAGACUCAAAGUGCUGAAGAAAAGGCAGCCAAGGAUAAGCGCACCAGAGAGCUAAUAUCUGCAUAUAGGAAUCGACAAAACAUGAUAAUCGAUGCAAAGACAAAGGCAGAGUGCACCGAGGCUUUGAGGGAAGGUGAUGCGCUGAUGAAUACUGGAAGGCUUAAACAAGCAUUGCCUUAUUAUGAAAAAGUGAUGAAGGCUGUGGACUUUAAGACUGAACUUCAUGGAAUGGCUGCCUUGCAGUGGUCCAUCUGUCUAGAUUCACUCUGCAGGUCCAAGGAAGCAAUGAGCAUGUAUAGCAAACUCAAAAACCAUCCAAACUCUGAGAUUAGCAAGAAAGCAAACAUGUUUAUGUUCAGCUUUCAGGCAAUGGAUUUUAUGAAGGUCAGCAGCACACCUUUGCCCAAAAGCACGGGCUACGAGACGUACUUCAACAAAUUUCGCGGCCAGAAGAAUUACUACGCUAGUCUAGACGAACCUGACGUGGGAAUCGACCAGAUCAUCCCAUACAUGUUAUUUCUUGUUUCCCCUAUAUUUCUAGUUGCUUUUGUUGCUCUGAGAAAAUCCUUUCAACUAUAAAAAGAAAUCAUGAACGAGAAGUUUGAAUACCAUAUAUGUAGGAGCAAAUAGUUUGCUAAAUAAAAAAUCGUUCUGUAUAGUUUGGAAAAGCAA